GUGUUACUUGGUUCUGGCACUCUCAAGUUCGUCAAGGAGGUGUCAAAGGACUACGAGAUCUCUAUUUGCACUGCCGGAAGUAGCCCGUACGCUGCAGCUGUGGUGAAACUCCUGAAUGAGUGUUGUGGUCAAGAAGUUAUCAAAGGCAGAAUGAUAUCCUGCCACUUCCAACACUUCCUCGGGGAAUACGUCAAACUGUACCCUGAUUGUGCGCUCGCGAAAGAGAUGGGUAUGAGGCCUCCUCAGAAGGACAUUCUGGGAGUAUUACCUCCGUAUUUUGUUCACCUCAGUUGCAUUCCACACCCGAUAAUCCUCGACGAUAAGACAGAAGUGUGGCCGAGCUCCCAGUUGGACCACAUAUGGGUUAGACGA